UGAUCCCAUUUUCUUAAUCUUCUCUUUCUGGAACACUUUUUGUUGGCCUCUUAAUCCUAAGUUUCUCCUUCCCUACAUUUCAUUCCCACUGGAGAACCAGAUCCUUCUGAUCAACUACCCAUCAACAGAAGAAACCAGCUACGAUGAGAUUCGGCAUUAUCUUUGGUGCCCUUGUGACGGUUGUGGCCGGUAACAACAGCCUGUUCAGCAUCGACACCGACUCGAUGAUUAGUAAUGAGUGCUGUGAUUUGACCUAUUCGAGGAUAAACACUGUGAAUUCCCAGAUCAGAUCAAAGGUUCAUAGCUUGGUUAAUGAAGAUUACUUCAAGCAUUUCAAGUUUCAACUUGACAUGAACUGUCCGUUCUUUGAGUGCCAAUCGAUAUGCUUUAGUCCUGGGUGUCAAUUAGAUUUGGAUGUCCAUUCGCAAGAAUACAAUUACGAUGUUGAUAACGAGUUGGAGAAUCUGAAUGAGGAUUCCUUCCUGGACUCUCUAUGCCCAAAGAAUAACCAGAACCAGAUCAUCGAAGACAGCGAAUGGUGUGAGUUGAAUGAUAGAGACGGCGUUAUCAUUGACAUAUCGAGAAACCCAGAGAGAUUCACAGGAUACGUCCCAACACCAGAACGUAACAUCUGGGGAAUGAUAUACCAAAACCAGCUGGAAGGUGAAUGUCCAAUGGAACAACACGUUUUCUAUCAGAUCAUUUCAGGUUUCCACAGCUCAGUAUCAACCCAUUUGUCCAACGAAUACUAUAACAACGCUACCAAUACGUGGGAACCAAACCUCGACCUGUUCAAGUUCAAAGUUGGCAACUACCCAGAUAGAAUAGCGAAUAUUUACCUGAACUAUGCUCUUGUGACCCGUGCGAUCUUGAAAUUGGAGCCUGUGUUGGCUGAUAUCAUCUUUAAUGCUCAUAACCAGGAGAACAACGAAGACAUCAGGGCUCAGAUAAACAGCAUCAUUCAGGAUCUACCGCACGACUUGUACGUGUUUGAUGAGCAUGUGAUGUUUCAGAACUCAGAGACUAAGGACGAGUUCAGAACCAAGUUCAAAAACGUUACGAAGCUUAUGGACUGUGUUACCUGCGAUAGAUGUCGUCUCUGGGGUAAGAUCCAAUCCACGGGUUAUGCCACUGCUCUCAAGGUACUAUUCGAAGACGAUAACACAAUGCAACACCUUCACAAGAACGAAAUCUCGAGUCUUUUCAACACUUUUGACAGAUUGACAAAAUCUAUAGAUUCGAUUCAAAAUUUUAAUCAUUUACAAGCAUUGAGAGAUUUGGAGUCUGAACAAGAUUUCCAAUACAUUUCGACUGAAGAUGAGCCAACUUUGGAUGACGAAGAUGAUUUAGCCCUGGAUAUCGAUUCCAUUGAGGUUGAAAGUAUAACUGAAGAUGGAAUUGAAGUCAAAAGGGGUAAGUCUUUAAAGCAAGCAUUUGAUGAAGAGUUGAAUGCUGUUUGGGAUGCCUUGAAAUUCAUCGGCUCGAGUUAUAUCAACUUACCUCAUAACUUGAAGAAUCUGGCACUUUACCAGUUCAACCUUUGGUGGAACAAGUUCAUAGGUAACCAAUCGUUUGACGAGGAACAAAACGAACAGUAUCUGCAUAAUAUCGUUGUUUGAUGUUUAUAUAUCUAUACGGGACUACAAACAGUACCGUGUUAUAUCAUCAUGACAUUAAAAUAUCUCUAACAUUAAAGAGUAGAACUCGAAGGAGCCGCGGCUUUGAUAAUAGGCCCCUGAGAAGUGUUUUCCCCCUUCUUAGCCCUCUUCUUAUAUGGCUUCCGCUCUUUACCACUCUUUGUGUAUUUUCUCUUGGGCCUAUUAUCAUCUUUCUUAUUCUUCUUUGUAGGCUUCCUAUCGCUCGUUCCAGUGCUAUUGUUAGAUGCUGAAGCCGAAUUGGUCCCGGUGGAUUGACCAACCG